AUGUCCAUAAAGAGAUCCGCCGAAUCGUACGAAAAGGAGAUCGCUGUGCUGAAGGCCGUCCUGAAAGGAGCCACCCGUCUGCUGCAGAACAGCAUCAGCAAGAGGCAGUUCCGAAAAGUGCUCGAGGAGAAAGAAGAGCUGAGAACGGAAUUGAACACGGAGAAGGACAAGCGGAUAAUGGCGCAGAAAAUGCUCGAGCACUUCGAACUAGUGAACAAGAGGAACGAGAAGCGACGCGCCGAGUUGUGGAGUGGGAACGAACUGGACGAUCAACGCUUGCUGGAACACGUGGAAGAGGAGCGGAAGGUGGCGUUGGAGGCGACCGGGAAGGCGACGGAGAAGAUGGCGGAGGCCGUCGCUUCGGCCAUCCGGCUGAAGGAGAAGUACAAGAGGGAAGUGAAGAAGAAUGAGAAGUUGGGGGAGGCCACAACCACUCCAACUCUGCCAUCAAUGCCACACUUGGAAAUGGAGGAGAAGGGAAUCAGUUGGCUGAUAUCGGCGGUCAACGAACAAGACUACAAGGAUCGAAAGUGGUAUGAAGCGGGCCAGGCCGAAGUUCUGUCGAAGCGGCAUCGGAAGACCGAUCAGAUCGGCGGUCUCCGAUUCCAAAAGAAAGCCGUCAAAAAUGCUAAACAGAAGCGUUUUGUGGAAGAAUUGUACUCUACGUCUACUUCUAAAUUAGAUUUAUAA